UUUACUUUCGUUUUGGAGUAAGAAGAACCCUGCACCCAUUUUUCCCUGAAGUUCAAGUUAGGCUACCAAAAUAACUUAAACACCAGGAUGGCACUCGGUUUCACUAUUAAAGAUGUUGGUGAAUGAACUUGUGCAAUGGCAGACCUCUGGUCAGAUCAACAACAACAACAACAAAAAAAACAGCAGGAAAAGAAUUAGAUUCGUCUCUUAACUAUCUGAAAAUCCACAAUACAACAACAAAGUUAGGAGUAUGACUUCUCCGCUUUUAUCACGUGAUAAUUUGAACUUCCAAUGUGUUACAGUAGCCAGUGUAGACUUUAUAAAACUGCCUCUUAUUGACAUUUUGGCUAACAAAAUCAAACCUGAAGAUUUAUACAAUAAGAUAUCUUCUUGUAAAGAUUUACUGAAAGGAAGUCAUAAGCUUAGUUACGACCAACGUCAAGUUUGUUAUAUUCAACAACCUGAUUAUAAAGAUUUUGAUGUAACGUUGCUUUACAAACUUAUCACACAUUUAUGUGUUUUACCGAGUCCAAGAAAUGGAUGGGGAAAUCCGCCACAAGCCAAUGAUACUGAGAUGAGUGAUGACAUCGAACGUCUCCGAUUGUUCAGAAACAGUUACCAUGCCCAUGCUGAUUCCGCGGCUAUUCCUUAUCCCAAGUUUCAAGUUAUUUGGAAAGAUUUAAGCGAUGUAAUAACUAGAUUUCAAAAAAAAAUUCAGUGGAGUGUAGAUUAUCGAGCAGAACUGGUAAAAAUUGAAAGGUAUCCAACUACUGUCAAGCACUUUGAAGCAUGCAAAACCAUUUUGGGUAGUAUACAGCAAGAACGAGAAGAUGAUGCAGAUUUUUCAAUAAAAGGUGAGAAUAAAGUAAUAUGUGGAGGAAUAACAAAAUUUGAGGCAAAAGUGAGAAAAACAGAAUCUGUAUGUGGGUCAAUAACAUGGCAAAAACUGAAAGGUUAUGACUUCGAGGAUAUAAACACACAGAAUGAGAAGUACAGUGGAAGUACAAACAGAAUACUUGUCAUACAGUCAGUACGUAAAGAAGAUGAAGGGGAAUAUCGGGCCGUUCUAACAAUCAAAACUGAUCAUGAGAAGUCCAGCAAUACCAUUUUGCUGCAUGUACUUGGAGAUCCACCGUUUUUACACGAUUUGAAUGUUACAACCGGGCAUGAUGAAGUUACUAUACACUGCAGCUAUAAAACUUUAGAGCUGUCACCUAAUGUCAAGGGCAUAGAAUGGAGAAAAAAUGGCGUACUGCUGGACCAGAAUAACAAGAAGUUCGAUGUUAAUAAAAGCUGUUAUACAAUAAAAUCUCCUAAGAAAGAGAAUACUGGGGAGUACUCUUGUAUUGUCUUCAAUGAUGUUGGAUCAGUACAAAAAGAUGUAAUGCUGGAUUUCCCAAGUGCUAAAAUUUUAGUACAUCAUAAAAACGUUGAAUAUGGAUCUACAAUUAAGAUUAUGUCUGAAGUUGUAUCAAAUCCGAGAGCUGAGAAAUUUGAAUGGCAAAAAAGGCUAGAUGGAAAUCUUUUUGUUUGCAUUGACAUUGCAAAACCAAACUAUUUCGGCAGUAACCUAGUUCACGAUACUCCAGUCCUUGUAAUUCCAAAAGCCACUUUUGACGACAAAGGACAUUAUCGUCUUGCCAUUUGGAAUAAGUUUGGAGAAAAUGUUAGCAACAUAAUUGAACUUAAAAUAACAGGAAGUCGUCCAAAUAUCACAACUAGUCAGAUGUCGAACAUCGAAGAACAGUCAGAAACUUUGUGUGGUAACGUGUUUCUGUUUCCCGAUUCACCUCCGAUUCAGGAUGCGUAUUGGACUAAAGACGGAAAGAAGAUAGAUAUUGAAGGAAGUGGGGGGCGAAUAUCAUUUGAUUUUAGAAAUAAAAAAUUGAUCAUAAAAGAAGUCGGCGAAGAAGAUGCUGGCAAUUACAAACUUACAGCUACCAACUCAAUCGGGUCAACUACAAGUGACGCCAUUGUUCUAGGUCGCCCUUGGAUUUCUAUUGAAAGGACUGAAAAUAAAGAAAAUGGAAGCCAAACAUUUACGGCAACAAUUAAAUCAGUACCAACACCUUUCGAAAUUCGCUGGGAUAAAAAAGGCAUGUGUGACGAUAGGUUUCAGCCAAUUGAUGUAAGUGAUGAGGAAUACAAAGGGACCACAAAUUCUCUUCCUCAUCCAGUGCUAGUUUUGAAACAAAAAAGUCAGCUUGAAAAUAACAGCUACCAAAUAACUGUUAAAAAUUUUGUGGGAAGCACUGUGUUUUCAGAGUUAGAAAAAGAAGAAGUUUGCAUAAAAGAAGAUUUAGCAAUGACAUUUCCUUUGUCAUUUGCCCAAGACGCAGUACGUUGUGUUCAAUGUGGAAAUUACGCACACUUUUACUGUAAGCAAUGUAGCUUAACAAUGUGCUGGAAUUGUACAUCUAACCAUUUUGAAAAAAAUAAAUCAUGCAAAUCUGGAAUCGACUCCAAAAAAAUAUUUAAACAGUCAUUUCCUGAAUGUAACAAACAUGUUAAAAAUACAUGCGAGUUGUAUUGUAAAGAUUGCACCACUCCGAUUUGUUCCACAUGUGUAACUGGUGAUCACAGAAAACAUAAUUGCACAUCACUUGAGGAUUUUAUUGAAGAAAAGAAAGAAAACAUAGCCAAAGAAGUUCAGGAAAUACAUUCUACCAUACUGCCUGCGUUAAAGGAGCAAACAUCGAGUGUUAACGAAGAUAAUUACAAUGACACAAUUCAGGCAAUUUCUUCUCAUGAAGAUUCACUUUGUAAAGCUGUGCGGGAAGUUGGUAGUAAACUAAAGAGCCAACUAUGCCACCAUAGAGAAGAAAAUAUUGCAAAAACGUCCAAGAACGUUAAAAAAGAAAAAGAGAUUUUACAAUUUAUUAAAGCAACUACGUUGCUACUAGAUGGAAAUGAUCCAAGAGAGAUCUUAAAAUACAAAGGAAUAUGUCAGGUGGAUACGCGUCCUUUUAUCGUCGAUAGAAAUACGCCUGUUUUUAAAGGAAAAGGUAUAGAACAGGAAGAAAUUAUAUCACUGUUUGGUACACUUGCUGAUAGCAAAGACAACAAUGAAGAAAUUGGGACUAAGGAUUUCAUGAAGCAAACCUGGUUUCAUGGAUUUAUUCCGAAGAAAGAAGCAGAACAGCUUUUAAAGAAAAAUGGAGAUUUUCUUGUUAGGGAAAUGAUGACCACCGCAGAACAAGACCGUUACUUUAUUUCCUCUUAUCAUAAAUGUCCUUGCCAUUUCAAAAUCACUACUGACUAUAUUGUUGGCAUAGUAGGUACUGAAUCCACAUUGGUUGACUUGAUAGACUUUUUAGUCUCUUCUGGACAACCUUUAUCGAAAACCAAUCCAUCGACUCGACUAGAUAUUUGUCAAAUUAAAUUGGGUGAAAAAAUCGAAAAUAUCAGUGCUGGUGAUAUACUGUCUGGAACGUUUGGAACCCAGAAUGUAUUAGUGUGCAUCAAUGAUGAUCAUGAAAUUCGAUUAUUCAAGAAUAUUUAUAUUUUACGCAUUUUUAAUCAUCCCAAUAUUGUUAAAAUGGAAGGAUAUUCGUCGGUGCAGAAACCAGUUCAUCUUGUGUUAGAAAAUAUGGCUGGAGGAUCAUUGUUGACAUAUUUGCGGAGCAAUGAUGUGUCGCUUUCAACCAAGAAACGAACAAGGAUGUGUCAUAAUGUUGCCACAGCAAUGGAAUAUUUACAUCGUAACAAAUUUAUCCAUGGAGAUGUUGCAGCCAGAAACUGUUUAGUAUCUGAGAGUGGUAUUGUCAAGGUCUAUGAUUUCUGGAUGACAAAAAACGAAACAGAUCAUAGAAAACAGAAUCCAAUAGACAGGGAGUUACAUAUAAAGUGGACAGCACCAGAGACACUUGAAUUUGGAAAAAUCAUUUCUUCGAGUGAUGUUUGGGGCUUUGGUAUCUUGAUGUGGGAGAUUUUUUCGUCUGGGAAAAGUCCUUACCCUCAUUUUACUGAUAAAGAAACUAAGGAAAAAGUAGUAAAAGGAUACAGAAUGGAAUCUCCUGAAAAUACGCCAAAGCUCUGCUACAAUUUGAUGCAAAAGUGCUGGGAAAAACAUGCGAAAAGGCCAUCCUUUAAGGAUAUUGCUGAGAAGCUUCAAACUUUAGUUAAAAAACAAAAGUAAUCUGUGGUUAUCAAAUAUCUGUGGAAUGCAGAUAAGCCUAUCUUGAUUUAAGUAGGAGAAGUGAUAAUCAUGAAUGACGAUUUCUAUUUCGGUUUUUUUAAUAUUAUGUUUUAUUUAUUUGUGUAAUUGUGUUGGACUUCUCUGGUUUUUUCUUAAUAUCAUUGUUAAUACAUAAGUGUAUUGUUGCACUUGAAUUUGAAAUACCUUGAAAGUGUCUGUAAAGUUCAAAGGUUAACCUUUGUAAGGUUUAUAGCUAAUGGUUUUUUCCCUUUUAUUUGUUAUUUUUUUUUCAUACAAUGUACUAUUUUGUAAGUCAAUGCCUAUUUUGUUUAUUUAUUUAGAAAUAGCAUUUAAUUGUAUUUCAACUAUUUGUUUCUGUAAUUAAGUUUCGAUACAGGUGACACGGAAUCAGAAGCGUCAUUUACAUUUGUAUAGGGUCCUGAUUAUGAUAUAUGACUGAAAGGCAGAAUGAAAGGGUGUAUGAGAGAGAGGGAUAGAGAGAGCGAGAGAGAGAGAGAGAGAGAGAGAGAGAGAGAACAUUGUUCACUAACACAAACUUACAUGUAAUGGUAGUGUCUUACCUGUUCCCUAACGAUAUACGAGCUGCUAAGAUGCGUUUUGUAAUGUAUACAUUGAA